AUGCCAGACUCAACAACGAGAUCCACACGCAUGGACAACGUUCACCUCCCUCCUCAUCCCGAUCGCCCUUUCUCACCUUCACCCCCUAGGGAAAAUCGUCAUUCGGCCUCUCGUCCUCCUUCUUUGCUCUUCGGUGCACCCCCGGUGGGUACAGUCGCAUCAUCAAGUAAUCUGAAUGUCGAAGGCUUGCCCUCAACCCCUCCCAGAGUCAAAUCAAUCAUACCAAGAUCUCCAUCGCACAAUUAUGUGAACAACACACCAUUCUUCGAUCGCGAUUCGCCCGCAAGACGACGCUAUGGGAGUGAAUCGUCACCAUCAACGAGCCAAGCAGGGCAAGGAAGGCCGACAAGCAUACAAUCGAGCCUUCAAAGGAGGGAUUCGGAAUCCUCGACUACCUCAUCUGCAUCUCCACCACUUGGAGCAACAUCCAUCCUAUCUGCUAUCGCAUCCUCUACACCUCCAAGAGCUCAGGGAACCCCCUCGAAAUCGCCAGUCAUUUAUCAAGGUCACGUACGAACUUCAAGCGAUAUCACCAACAUCAGAACACCUACUCUGGACGGUCCAGGUUCACCCAAAUCAUAUCAAAGUGGAUUCAGCUCUUCAUCGUCAAAUUAUGAUGAUAACACAUCGUUCUCGAAAUCCUUACCUAGGCUACAUCAACCCACCGUAGUCAGACGUACAUCCGGUCGAGGUCUGGCUUUCCUCCCGCCUCCUGCUCAAGCUUUAAGUCACAGUACGGCAAUUCACCAUCAUCCCCGAUCUUCCCCCACCGGUGCGAACCACGAUGGUGAGCGAACCGCUUCAGUGGCCAGUCUCCAACAUAUACAGCAUCAUGCCCAUAUGCUCGAUCUAGGUCGACCCAUCGGACGUCCAACACAUAAAAAUUCGGAUGACAAAUUGAUCUCAAUGAAGGGUAAUGAUGGUCGUCCUGCGAAUCAACCCACCUCAUACAGCGAAAUCCCUUUACCCCCGUUGUCUCUGGAAGAGACAUAUAUACUCAAUGAAGUGGAAGAAGACUCGGAAAUCGGACAAGAAGAAGAAGAGGUGGAUGUGGAUGAUCCUGAACCUUUCCACCCGUUGUUGACCUCGGACGUCUCAGACGCAGACACACUCAGCUCAACCACAUCUGGUCCUCAUCUGGUAGCGGAUCUCUCGAUACCCGCAGAGGAAGAUAUCACCAGGUCAGUCGACGAUCCAUUGCCUGUGGCAACUCCCGAUAUCGCAGAACGAGUACUGCAUGAUUCGACAACCUCGUCGGAGAACGGCGCGGACAAUGAACCCGUUACAGAGAUGAACACCGACAAAGGACUUCCAACAGAUGAGAAUAUCCCUACUCUUCACGAGGUGGUGUCAUCCCAAUUCUCGCAAGCAGAUCUUGAGACACCUACGUCCCCGCCGCCUCAGCCAGACAACCAGGCCUCAAAGUCGAUCGGGGCAGAUCCUCCGCCCCCCUCAGUACCUUACAAAGUACGAGAGGGAUCUCAAACAUACAACACGAAUAGUCCAUCCUUGCCAGACCGUACUCGUCAGAUAUCCUUAUACGCAACAAUGAAUCAUUCGGCCAAUCCACUCCCUCAGCUCACGGCUUAUCGAGUGGAGUUGGCACUCUCCUGGGGGGAUGCUCAAAUCUUGCAAUGGAUCCCCGGAAGGAAAUACAUCCCCGAUUGGAAUCUGAAGGUAGUGGGAGGUAACCUGGUAAUUGAUGUUCGGUCCAUGAUAAAAACAGUUGUAUCUCAUAUUCCCAUUUUCUGGCGAUUCGCCUCUUGGUUGUAA